AUGGCCCUGCAAUUUGAUGAGGCCGAGUUGCUCAAAGCAUACCACCUCGACUCACUCGAACCAUCCGCAUGGCACACGACAGAGACUGGAGCCGACGAAAAGGGAAGCGCAUCCUCCACCGCUGUAGCCGACGAACCUGAUCCGCUCGGUCUGCGCUCGUCCAUGGCCACCUUUCGUGGUCUUCCCAAGGAUGUCAAAACGCAGACAUCACUCUCAUCCAAGGCAUUUGAUGCGAAAGUCUUCCUCUCCACUAUACAUCCCGAUGCCACCUUUGCCGACUUAUCUCAUGGUAUUCAGCACCUGAAGAACUCGAUAGACCAGCGUUCCGAGGCACUCAAAGUGCUCGUUGAGGAGAACUUUGACAGAUUCGUCGCAGUCAAGGCUACUACCGAUGGCGUGUACCGCGAAAUGCGUGAUACAGAGUCUGGACCAUUGCAGCCGCAGGCAGAUUACGGUGUCGCAUCGCUCAACAACAUUCUCGCUAAUGCAUCCGCCAAAGCCGACCAGGUGUUUAUGCCUGUCCUCGAGAACAAUCUCAAGACCAUCAAGCUCCGAUCGACUCUGGGCGUAUUCGAACGCUCCAAGUUCUUCUUCAACUUGCCAGGAUCCCUGUCGGAAUCAGUUGAGAUGGGAAGAUACGAUGUAGCGCUUCGCGACUAUAAGAAGGGCAAGUACCUCCUCGAUAGCCGCCCUGGUCAGCUUCUGGCAGUGGGUAGUGCCACACAACCCGAAUCGGCCGGAGGGGCGAGGAACGACAUUCAGCAGAAACGCGUGUUCGCUAAAGUAUGGGAUGCAGUUGAGGUCACCAUGAAGGACAUGCAGAGUCGACUUACGGCGCAACUUCGUGAACCGCGCAGGAGCGUAGAGGAGCAGGAAAGGACGAUCGAAAUCCUGCUCGAACUCGAUCCCACCGACGAUCCGGUGUCGAUCUUCCUAGAGUCGCAGCAUGAGCACUUGCGCAGCGUCAUGCGUAAGACGUUUGAUGGCGGCGUGGCUCGCAUCGAGGCUGCGCGUUCGGCUCAGCGCGCAUCUAGCAGUGCAGCCGAUCGCGACCGUGCGAGGGAUCUUCAGAAGAGCAUUCGUAGCAUGCGUUUCAUAGACCGACUCGAUGCUUCAUUCGACAAGUGUACAGGCGCUGAGACCUGGAAGGCUACACAUGAUCUCGUCAAGUCGCUCUCCAAGACGAUCGCUGGUUCGCUUCCCAACUUCUGGAGAGUGGCCAAGAACCACGCUGAAGGCAAGUUUACAAGGGCCAAGACGAGAUUAGGUGGUGCAACGUCCGCGACGACGACAAGUGGUACAACCAUGUCGGCAAAAAACAAAGCAUGGGCAGUCGAAGCGUUGGAUGCAUACAUCAGCCUCGUUUCGCACCUUUUUUCACUCACUGACAUGUCGAUUCUGAUCAGACAGCCGUUGCCGACACAAACGCCAGACUGGGUGCCGACGGGAACGAGCUCGCCGACAGCUGCGCACUAUCUGCGAAAGAUGCUCACACAGCUAGUGGAGGCGUGCAACGAUUUAGCGUCGUUGGGCAUCACAUCGACUAGCUCGUUGCGUGGACUGCUGACGAAUGCGCGGUUCAGCUUUGUGCAGGUGCUGUGCGUGCUUUGGCAGGAAGAUGCUAAGCUGUUGCACAUGUUGGAAGACUGGACACUGAACCCAGACGAGCAGGCAACGACGUUGCAUCUGCGCGAACUGGCUGCUUUCCACAAGAGCAAUGCACGUCAGGCGUUUCACCUCGCAGGUGGAAGAUCGGCUGUGACGCCAGCAUCGGCGUUGGAGGCGAGUCGAAAAAAUCGCAAUGCGGAACAACCGGUUGCACCCGAGUUCACGACGAGGAUCAAAGCGUCGUUCCUCGAUGCGCUGUACGCUUUUCUGGAUGGCUUGGUACAUCUUGCCUUUUCUGACUACAGCCCGUUAGAGCCGCGGACAGCGCUUUCUGUACAGAGUGUGCCGGGACAUCCGGGCAGUGCGGUUGACGUACGCGAUCCCGACACACGUGUACUUGUCAGUGUCACAAAUCUCUCUCAUCUCUCGCGCAUCGUCGUCCCCAGUCUGGUGAAACAGUUUGGUGAUGCAUACGCAGUCAAGAUGGACGAAGACCUAGCAACGCUCACCGAGGUAUCUACGCAACUCGAUGCGAUUCUGUUCAACGACUAUGUGCAACGAAAGUCGGCUUGGAUCUCGGAAAUCGUCUCGCACGGCAUUCUUUCGUCCGGGAUCGAAUGGUCCAACAUUCCAAAGCCGUCUUCGGUGCAUGCGUUCAUCUAUCAAGCGCUGCUCUCGUUGGUUCAGGUACAUGCACACGUGCGAAGUAUAGCCAAGCCGCUCGUCACGCGGACUGUCACGACGCUCGUUGACGACCUCGCGUCUACCACGUUAGAUUCGUUCCAACGCAUCCCCCGGUUUGGCCUCGGAGGCAUGUUACAGGCCACGUUGGAGAUCGAGUUCCUGCACCAGACGCUCACCAACUUUAUCAGCCCAAAGGCAGAAGGCCUGUUGAAACAGGUGUACGAAACCAUCUCGCACAAGUACAGGAGGGUCGACGCACGCGAGAAGGAGCAGUUGAAUUCCGAGCUCGAGAGGGUAAAGCAGAUCUUGGUCGCCAGCAGGAAGGCGACCGCGUUAGAGUUUUUGUGUUUCAGACGCGCAAGGCGCGACACUGCCAAGGACGAGGCUGCUCCCACUUGA